AAGGCAAUCAGCGAAAAUUACCUAAAACCCUUUCCCUUCCCCUUUUCCUUCCCCUCCCUUCCCGCUGUUUUCUCUCCGUCCGUGCCCACAAUUUCUCUUGUUUUCUCGCACUUUCUCGCCGGAAUCCAUCAAUUUUGUACAAGCGCACACACAAAAUUAUAUUUACAUGUAUAGAAUCAACAUGAAGGAGAAACCCUAGUUUCCGAAACCCUAAUUGGGCUCGGAUUGGGGAAUUGCGAUACCGUAGAACCAGCAUUAGGUUUUCGAGGAAUUGGCGUCGGCCUGUAUAUAUAAGCACAAACACACACAUUUGGAAUUGCGAGAGAAGAGGGGAGGGAUGGAGGGAACACCGCAUCCGGUAUCGAGGACGCCCGAGGAAGUGUUCAACGAUUUCAAAGGCAGAAGAGCUGGUUUGGUCAAGGCCCUCACUACUGAUGUUGACAAGUUCUAUCAGAUGUGCGAUCCUGACAAGGAGAAUUUGUGUUUGUAUGGGCUUCCAAAUGAGACAUGGGAGGUCAAUCUUCCUGUUGAGGAGGUGCCUCCUGAGCUUCCCGAACCAGCAUUGGGUAUAAACUUUGCUAGGGAUGGGAUGCAAGAGAAGGACUGGUUAUCACUUGUUGCAGUACACAGUGACUCAUGGUUGCUUGCUGUAGCCUUCUAUUUUGGUGCACGUUUUGGGUUUGGUAAGGCUGAAAGGAAGAGGCUUUUUCAGAUGAUAAAUGAUCUCCCUACUGUAUUUGAAGUUGUGACAGGAAAUGUUAAGCAGCCAAAGGACAAUUCUGGUGCUCAAAACAAUAGCAGCAAAAGCAAAUCAAGUGGAAAAACAUCUCGGCAAUCUGAGUCUCAGCCGAAAGGAGUAAAGAUGUCGCCUCCUCCUAAAGAAGAGAAUGAAAGUGGAGGAGAGGAGGAAGAAGAAGAGGAUGAACAGGGAGCUACACUCUGCGGUGCCUGUGGGGACAACUAUGCAAAUGAUGAGUUCUGGAUUUGCUGCGAUAUCUGCGAGAGGUGGUUCCAUGGCAAGUGCGUGAAGAUUACGCCUGCAAAAGCUGAGCACAUCAAGCAGUACAAGUGCCCCAGUUGCAGUAACAAGAGGGCUAGAGUUUAAAGCUCUAGGUCCCGAAGCGAAGCUGGAAACAAUAUCAAUCAAAUAGAAGGACAGAGUUUAGAAUGAACUUGUCGCUGUCCUAAAUUCAAACAAGGCCAAGACUGCAAUGUCUUUGUUAGAAGCUAGUGGACUAGUAUGCCUGUUGAUGGGAUUUACUUUUUCGUACCCUUUUACUGGUUUAACCUAGUUCUUUUUGCUUAAAAACUGUUGUUGGCAAGAGAAAAGAGCAUUUCUUUCAGUCUAGUCGAACAUGCAUAAUCUUUUUCA